AUGAUGGAGCCGCCGCCGCCGACGACGUCGCUGGACCACCGGGUGCCGGCGGAGGAGAGGCACCGGAUCGAGCGGGUGGCGAGGUACGUGGCGCGCGACCGGGACGGGGACCUCGCCGAGGCGAUGCUGCUGCGGCUGCUCAAGAUCACGCGCAACGGCCGCCGGUGGGGGUUCCUGGCGCACGACCACCCGCUCCACCCCUACUACCUCCAGCAGAAGGUCUCCGAGCAGUGCCGCAUCCUCCGCCCGCGCCCCGCCGCCGCCGCCGUCGCUGAUCGGUGA